CAGGGCUGGGCAGGAGGGUCCCGCGGGCCACAGUUGCCCACUUCUGGCCUACAUGUUACUGGAUUUUUGAUCAUAAAACACAAAAUAUUUUCAAUCUACAAAUUGUUCAAUGAUGUUAUGAACAUUUUGAAUAUCUUAAUCAGGGGGAAUGGAAACUGAACAACAUUCUGCAAUCGGAGGAUCAAAACUAUAGCCUGUCUAACCAGACACCCUCCAAAUGCUGUCUGGAUUGCAGAGGAGAGGGGAGGAUACAACCAGCUGACACUGGCCAACAUUUGGUCAGUGUGCUGGAACAUAAAGUGCAAGCCUGCUCUGAAAAAUUGCUCUGUAAAAAUGCAAGGUCCCAGGGUCCUGUCUCAGUGUCUCUGAUGUCAAAUGUUUUCUGUUCAUAAGUAGAAUUUUUUUUCCUAACUGUCCUGAAAACUCAACCUGAUUUCCUUAUUUCUCACACAUCAUCACAAUCAAUAAUAAAUCUGCAGGCAAAAUUCUGCCCUCACCUUCAGUGGCCCUGCAAGUCUGGCCACCAAAGUAGACGUAUCUGUGGAUACACAUAGGUAACUAUCUCUUCAGAUGCUAUGUUUACAGUCACUCUUCAGUGUAUUACAGCAUUUUGAUGAAAGACACUGUUUGGCUCUUACUAAAGCUGGACCUAGGCAAGAAAUAUUUAAGGAAGAAGCAUAAUGCUUAAUAAAGUUUAAUAUUGAUGGCAGAUAUCUGGCAUGCUUUAUGUUUACAAAUAAAUUAAAAUGUAAGUAUUAAAAGUUGUAAGUCCGUUAAGUGCCAAAUACACUAAUGCACAGUAAUAAACACCCAGGCCACAAUGUUCAAACGUAGGUGCCCAAAGUUAGACACUUAAAUCCAUUAGACAGCUGAAUAAAUUGUCUGAUGUUCAGCCAUGUAAAGUGACCAUAAUUCUUAUUUACUUCAGUGGGAAACUAAGCCUCUCUGAAAAUCAGGCCAUUCUUAUUUAGGUGCUUUGUUUUAAACGCCUACGUUUGAUUUUUUUUGGUGUACAUUUAUAUGUAAGGCUACGAUUUUUUUACAGAGGUCACGGAAGUCAUGGAAUCCGUGACUUCCAGCGACCUCCAUGACUUCAGCCCGUAGCAGCCAGGAGCUGCAAGGUCCCCCUGCCUGCAGGGAGAUGCAGGCAGUGGGGGCCCCCCAGAACUCUGGGCCACUGCAGGCAGUGGGGGUACCCCAGAGCUGCUGGGUUGUAGGGGGAUCCUGGAGCUCCAAACCCCUACAGGAUAUUUUUAGAAAAAGUUAUGGACAGAUCACAGGCUUCCAUUAUUUUUUCUUUAUUGCCCAUGACUUUUACUAAAAAUAUCUGUGACAAAAUCUUAACCUUGUUUAUUUGUAUUACUUGGUCAACAUUGCCAAUUAUGUAGUGUAUCAAAUUUCUUGAAACAGUACAUUUUAAAAUGUGUUUAGACCUGCUGGCCUCAUUUCUGAGCUGCAUUCCCUCUCCUCUAUGCCACAGAAAUGCAGAUAGAUAAUCCUAUCUAGAAAUUCCCCAGGAUGACUCCCUGGAGAUCAUAGGAGUGGUGUAAUACCCUUAUACUCACUUGCCCCAGUUCAGCCCUGCUGCAGGGGUGUAUCAGCUCUGGGGUACAGAUGGUUUGAUUUGUGCAUUGGCUAUUCUGGGCUGGUGCAGUGGCCCACAGACAGAUGUGGGAAGCUGUUUAAGUUACAGCUGUCCCUAUCCUGCUAAUUUGCAAAACUACUUUAUGACACCUGAUGGCUAAUUUUAGGAUCUUAUUGUCCUGUGUUUUUGGGGAGCUGGACUUAACACCCAGCCCUCAGCUUGUGUGCCUUAGAGAAAUGUUACAUGCUAACCAUGUGAUCCUGCUAGUAGAGGUGUAACACAGAUUGCACCCACACAGAAACAUGCUCCCAACUGUGCACUGGCAUCACAACCACAGUUUGAACUGAGCAGCUGGGUGCGGCCCACGGACAAUUCCCAGCACUUAACACUGAGCCCAAGCUGCCAUUUACAGAGACAGGUCCCAGCAUGAAAUGCUUCACCCUGAGCAGUAUGCAGUGACAGGUCCCAACAUCCAACACUUCACCUGGACCUCAAGUAGUCUGUAGGCAAGUCCCAUAGAGUAAUGCUUCACCCUGAGCCUGAGUUGCCUGUGGAGACAGCUCCCAGCAUGCAAUGCUUGGUCCUCAGCCCAAAUAGCCUGUAAAAGCAGGUCCCUCCCAGCAUGCAAUGCUCUCCCCUGAUGUCAAGUAGCAUGUAAACAAGCCCCGGCAUGCCCUGGCUUGCCUGGAGCCCCAGUAGCCUGUAGACACCUCUCAGCAUGAAAUGCUUCACCCUGAGCAGCCAGGUGCAGCCUAGCAAGGCGACAGGUUGGGACAGAGCCCAGUAGGCUUUGUGUGAGCCAGAGAGCAGGAGCAGGCCUAUCCCACCGCCAUUCCCCCUGCCACAGGCCUGCACCAAGGGUUAUUUCUGGCCCUCACACCCUUCCUUCCUUCCCCGCUGACAGCAGAGCCGCCAACCUGGUCUUACCCACCCCCCUCCCGGGCAAAAUGGACCAGACCAACGCAGCCUCCCUCCUAACACAAAGCUCGGACGUUUAACGGACUUUCUUUCUAGUGAAGCCCACGGACCACCCGGCGGCGACGGAACGGGUCACGUGGGGAAGAACAGCCUAUGACAGUGCAGCGCUAUAGGCGUAGCUGGUCAGUCUCGUGCUGGGCAGUUUGGGGUGGUCACGUGCCUCUAGACCAGCUGAACGGCCGCUAGCUCCCUUCCCAGGGCGCGCGGAGGGGGCGGCCGCGCAGCGCUGCGGGAUGUGCUCCGUGCAGGGGAUCCCCAGUCCCGGCACCACCAUCAGCCUGAGGGUCUCCUUCGUGGACGUUCACCCGGAGGUGCCGCUAGUGCGGCUGUGGGGCCUGCUGGGCGAGCGCCGGGAGGAGUAUGCCCGGCUGCACCAGGACAUCCAGGCUAAGGCCGGGCCGCGCCUGGUCGGCGCCCCGGGAGCCGUCUGGCCGGCGGCGGGGGCCGGGCUGUGCUCGGGGGACCUGUGCCUGGUGGAACUAGGGGACCAUUGGCACCGCUGCCGGGUCGUGAGCCGCCAAGGCCAGCGCUGCCGAGUCUUCCUGCUGGACGAGGGUCGCACGGUGGCGGCCGACGCCUACUACUUGGCCCGGGGCAGGGACGAAUUCUUCCACCUGCCCUCCGAGGUGCUGGGCUGCGUGCUGGCCGACCUGGUGCCGCCGGGAGACGGGGCGGCCGUGGCGGGCAGCGGGGAGCAGCCGGCCGCCAGCUGGACGGCGGGCGCCCUGGAGUUCCUGAACUACCUGCACGCCAAGGAGGUGUCGGGGCUGGUGCGAGAGGUGCUGAUGCCGCAGUGCCUGGUCCUGCUCGAGCUGCCUUCGCUGCUGGCCCAGAUGCACCACCUGGGCCUGGCCAAGCAGGUCACUCCCAGCUGCUUCCGAGCCCUGCUCAAGCGCUGCCUGGCAGCGCCCUGCCUGCACGGCCAGCCCAAGCCGGAGCCCCCCGGCCCUACUUCGGCUCAGCAGUACCCUCUUGCUACCACUCCCCAGCCGGGCCCGGCCGCCCUGGAUUUCUUCUACCCACGGCUGCAGCUGGGGGUGACUGAGCCGGUGCUAGUGACCCAGAUCUCCGACCCGCACCACGUCUAUUGCCAGCUGCAGAGCCUCUCCCAGGAGAUCCAGCGCCUCUCGGACUCCUUGCACCAGAGGUACGAGGCGGCGGCCAGGCGGGAGCAGGAUCCGCUACCCAAGCCGGGCGCCCCUUGCGCCGCACGCUGCAUAGACGGGCGCUGGUACCGCGCGCUGUUGCUGGAGAUCUUCCCCGGGGAGCAGGGUCGGCUGGUGGUCCAGGUGAUCUGCGUGGACUACGGCAGGAAGGAAUUCGUCAUCGGGGCUAACCUCCGCCGCCUGCCCCUGGAGUGUUUCCGCAUGCCGGUAGUGACCUACCCGUGCGCCCUGCAGGGCAUCUCGGACAGGGGCUGCGGCUGGUCCUGCUCCCAGCUCAGCGGGCUCAAGGCGCUGCUGCUGGGCAAGGCGGUGAGCGCCCGCAUCGAAACCUACAGUCCCUUCGAGCACCUCUACUACGUGAACCUGUAUGGGGAGAACGGCCUCAACCUGAACUGCCUCUACGGGGUGCAGAGCGGCUGUCUGGCCCACAGCCUGCUGCGGGGCGGCCAGGGAGCGCAGGAGCGGCCGGAAGAGGAGGACGCCGCCCCUCCUAAGGAGCUGGGGCCGCCGCCGGACACACUCCCCGCAACUGCGGCUCAGAGGGACCCGGCCAGUGCCCACCUGCCGGGCGUGCGGGUGAAGGUGGGAGUGUUCUACCAUGCCAAGGUGUCCUUCGUCCGAGACCCGUCCGAGUUCUGGCUGCGGCUGAAGGAGCACCUCCUGCCCUUCAGCCAGCUGAUGCGGAGCAUGAGCGACUUCUACUCCCGAGCCCAGAAGCUGGACGGCAUCGUCCUGGAGCCCCAGCCGAGAUCCCUGUGCUGCGCCAAGUGGAAGGAGAACGCCUACUAUCGGGCUGUUAUCACCAGUGUGCUGGGGAAUGGGGUGGAAGUGCACCUGGUGGAUAGAGGCAACAGAGAGAUCUUGGAUUGGUAUGAGGUAAAGGAGCUGCUGCCUCAGUUCAGGGAGCUGCCUGCUGUAGCUUUGAAGUGCUGUUUGGCAGAUGUGUCUCCCCUGGGAGAGACAUGGAGUAAAGAGUCUGUGGCUCACUUUAAAAGGGCAGUGCAGAGCAAAGAGCUGGUGAUCCAGGUGUUGGGUACGCAGGGUGACAAGCAUGUGAUUGAAGUUCUUGACCAGUCUCAAACAGGGGAGAAAAAUAUAAGCAAAAUUUUGUCCCAAGGAGGCUAUGCAAAAUUCCAAGGGUCUGAGAUUCCAGACACUCUUCAGAAGUUAUCUGCUCAGUCUCUGAGGCAGGAUCCCAAAGAAUAUGCUGGCGAGGGGGAGCUAGUAAGUUCAACAGCCAGGAAGAGUGGCGUGCAAACCAAAACAAUAAGAGACAAUAUAGCGCUGAAUCCCUCUGUGCCUUUGACAGUCAAAGACCAGCCUACUGCAGAAAAUUGCCAUUUAUCAAGUGACUCAGCUCCUGAUGAAAAAAAAAUUAAGGGAAACCUAAAUCUGCCCUCCUCUCUUAUACAGUACUACUUGGAAAUAAAACCAGGAUCUCCUUAUGAAGGUCAGCUGAAAGUUGGUAGUACAGUUCAGGUGAUAAUAUCUUAUGUUGAAAGUCCUGGCUACUUUUGGUGUCAGUUGAGGAGAAACAACCAAGAACUUGAGUCAUUAAUGGCUGAAAUUCAGGAUUAUUGCAAGACUUCAGCACAGCCACAUUGUUGGGCAAGUCCAGUGUGUUUAGCUAAGUAUUCGGAGGAUGAGAAAUGGUACAGAGCUUUGAUUAUUAGUGGAGAGUGUUCUACAGAACAGGUAGAAGUAAUAUAUGUUGACUAUGGGAACAAGGAGCUGGUUUCUGUAAAGAAUCUCUGCUCAAUUAAUGCAAACUUUCUGAAAUUAAAGGCUCAGGCUUUCAGAUGCAGCCUUUAUAAUUUAAUCCAACCAAAUGGUCAGGAUCCUUUUGUUUGGGAUGAAAAAGCAAUCCAAGCUUUUCAGGAGUUUGUUGAUGACACAGCAGAUCAUUUGGAACUGAAGUGUACAAUAUUUGCUCUAGCUGCCAUAAACAAUAAAGAGCUGUUUAAUGUUGUGGACUUAAUUACACCUUUUCAGAGUGUGUGCCAUUUUUUAACCGAGAAAGGGUUGGCCAGACCUGUACCGCCUCAAAAACCUCUGGCACCCACCAUUCAGCUACACUCUUACUAUUAUUCUACACAUGACAUCAAAAUUGGAAGUGAAGAAGAGAUUUAUGUAACACAUGUUGACAAUCCAUGGAAAUUUUACUGCCAACUUGCCAGAAGUGCAAAUGUCCUAGAACUGCUCACACAUAACAUUGGUCGACUAAGCAAAGUACUGCACAGUUUAAAAAUGUCACAAAACCCUGGAAACCUAUAUCUUGCAAGGUAUACUGACAAUCACUGGUACAGAGGAGCAGUUUUGAAAACCAAGCCUAAUAAAGAAGUCAUCUUUGUAGACUUUGGGAAUACACAGGUGGUAAAGAAAGAAGACUUGAUUCCUAUACCUAGUGAUGCAUAUGAUAUCUUACUUUUGCCAAUGCAAGCUAUAAAAUGUUCACUAUCUGAUAUCUCUAAUGUACCGAAAGAAGCUACCACAUGGUUUGAAACCGCUGUCUUGCAUAAGCCUUUAAAGAUGAUAGUGGUAGCAAAAGAAUCUGAUGGAAGGCUGAUAGUUGAACUGUAUGAUGGCAAUAUUCAAAUUAAUGCAAAAAUUAAAGAGAGUUUAAGCUUACCAAGAAAUAGAGAGUCUAACAAAUAUGUAGAAAAUGAAACUCUACAUUCUAAAAACAUAAAUGCUAAAGAGAGGAAUGAAAACAUGAAGUCAUCAUCAACAUACAUGAGAAAGUCUGAGAAUAAAACUUGGAGAUCUGAAAUCCAAGGAGAAGACUGCAAUACCAAAACCAGCUUUGUAUGUAAGGAUGUAAAACACUUCCAACCUGCUGCAAAAAGAGAGUUGUCAACCAAGUUUCUAGGAUCUGUGGAAAGAUUUAACAGUAACAAAGUUUUUCCCUCAGCAAGUACUUCGUUAGUAGGUAAAAAAGUAGAUGAAAAUAAAUCUUUACCCUUUAUAAAGAAAGAGAUAAAGUCUGAUAUUAAACCUGAUACUGUUAAAACUAGAAAUCAAGGAGAAAAUAGUAUACUUUUCCCAAUUAAAAGCAUAUGUGACUUGCCUCCAAGGAACUUAGUGCCUGGUCUGAAGACUUUAGUAUACAUUUCUCAUGUAAAUAACCCUUCAGAUUUUUAUAUUCAAUUAGCAAGUGAUGAACCUCAACUUAACAAUAUUUCAGAAGGAUUAAACAAUAAAACAGGAACAGAGAGUCUCAGUCAACAACAGAUGCAAGUAGGAGACUUAAUUGGUGCUGUUUUUUCAGAAGAUGGCUUGUGGUAUCGAGCUGUAGUAAAAGAAAAACUAUCUGAUGAACAGAUAAGUGUACAAUAUAUAGAUUAUGGCAACACUUCCGUAGUUAAUGUUUGUGAAACAAAUAGACUGCUUGAAAAAUAUUCAUCAAUUCCAAUGAUGAGUAUUCAUUCUUCACUGGCUGGAGUUCAGUCUAAAGAGUUUACAAAUUGGACACAGGAAGCGGUGAGUUAUUUUUCAGAAAGAACAAGUGAAGUUAAAAUAAACUGUGAAUUUGUAGAGAAACUCAAAGACAGAUGGGAAAUUGUUCUCUAUGACGAGCAAGGUAUGAUAGCAGUGGAUCUGAUUAAUGAAACCUUUAGAAUGAGAGAAGAAUCUCAGUCAACAGAAGCACUUGACAGAAGAGAGAGUGGUGCUGAUGUGGCAAAUCAGUGUGAACCUCUGUCUUUUGAAGAGAAAAAUAAAGCUUCUAGUAUAACUGACACUAAAUCAUUCUUCUGGAAGAUUCCAGAGGUAGCUCAGACUGUAGAAACCUAUGUCACUGUUGUAAAGGGCCCAGAAUACUUUUGGUGUCAAAUGGCUGACGCAGAUAAUAUAAACUACUUAGAAAAAAAACUACAGGAAACUGGAGAACUUGAAAUAAGCAGUGUGGAUGACUUCAGGUCUAGUCUUAGAAGUGGUGAUAUUUGCAUAGCAAAGUAUAGUGAAGAUGGAAAACUUUACAGAGCAAAAGUUAGCAGCGUAAAAGGUAACAACCUAACUGUCAGACAUGUGGAUUAUGGAUCUGAGGAACUUGUUGGCAGAGAGAUGAUUAGACAAAUUCCUGAUCAAUUGCUUACAAUACCUAUGCAAGCAUUUCCAUGCUGUCUAUCUGGAUUUAAUUCCCCAGAGGGUUCAUGGAGUAAUGAAGCAAAAGACAAGUUCUAUGACAUGACUGCAGAAUAUUUACUAGAGGUCACAGUAAUGGAAAUACAAAAGGAUAACUCUUCUGAAAUUCCCUUAUCUGUUGUUAAACUGGAAUGUAACGGAAAAAACAUUAAUGAGGAGAUGAAACGUUUUUGGCAGUAUAACACUGACACGACUUUGGCAAACAUUCAGAACGCUUUCAGUGAAAAGAAUGAGGGUCCAGGGACAGAUAAUACAGGUGCUGUUUGCCUUGAAAGAGCUGCGGCUUCUACUGGAGAUGCCGAGCAAGAAAAUAGUGCUCUGCAGGAUGCUUUACACUGUGCAGAACCAUUCCACCUGACAGACAAUGGAUGUCUAAAUACUGCAGGAAUUGAAGAAGCGAUUCUCAAAACUGCUAAUGAGCAUCAGACCAAUUUUGAAAUACUUAAUAAAGUGGAGAAUCCUUUAGUGAAAAAAGAGAGUGAAAGCGAAACAAAGGUAUAUGUAGAACCAAAAACAUCUGAACCACAGCUUCUUGCCAAUAGUGAAACAAAGGACUUAGAUCUUGAGCCAUCUGAAGCACAGUUCUUGGAGGAUGACGAACUCAAAGCAGAGACGUUAGAAUUAUCACUUGAAGUACAGUCUCUCCUGGGUGAAGAAAGAAAGGAGCAGUUGGAACUUCCAUCAGCUGAGGUGCAUCCUUCCCUGGAUGAGAAUGUGAAGCUGUUGGAAAUGGAGCAGUUACAAAUGCACUCUUCACUUGAUGAACUAAAAAAGCUCUUACUGGAGCUAGAGUCACUCGAAGUGUACCCUUCCUUGGGUGACAAAACAAAAGAAGAGAUUCUGGAACUGGAGUCAUUAGAAAUGCAGACUUCCUUGACCGAUGAAACAAAGGAAAAAUUGUCAGAACUGGAAUCACUCCAAGUACAGCUUUUGGAUGAUGAAACAGGGGAGCUAAUGAACCUGAAAUCACUUGAAGUGUCACCUUCAUUUAGUAAUAGAGAGAAUUGGUUGGAAAUGGAGUCAUCACUUGAAAUACAGACUGUAUGCGGUGAUGAAAGAGGGAAACUAUUUGAACUGAUACCAUGUGAGGAGCAGAUUUCCUUGGGUGAAGAAACAAAGGAGAGAGUGGAUUGGGACUUGGACUUGCUUGAAGUUCAUCAAAUGAAAGCUGUACCAACUGAGUUGGAAGUGGAGUCUGCCCUAGUAAAAACUUUACUUAGUAAUGGAGCCAGAAAGGAGCUGGAACCAGAGAUGCACAAAGUACAGUCUUUGCUUGGUGAUGAAAGAAAAGAGGUAUUGGAACUGAUGCCAUUGGAAGUGCAGGCUUCUCUUGGUGAUGAAACAAGGAAGGACCAUCUAGAGUUGGAACCAUCUAAUUUAGAGCUUUCUGUAGAUAGUGCAGAUCAGCUUUCAUUCCCCAAAACUGACUUAAAAAAACAAGUGUCUACUUGCCCUGUAGAGCUGUGUGGUGUAGGACAAGCUGAUAGCAGAGGUGAAAAAUGUAAGAAAUGGCUAACUUUGCAAGAGAAGAGUUGUGCAGAACAGAUGGAAUCAGACUUGCAUAAAGUGUUCAGAGAGUAUAAAACUAUUCUUGUGAGUGGGGAGUCCUUGAGGCAUAACCCCUCAGAUGAAGAAGAAAUUGAAAUAAGAGAAAAGCAGGAUGCAACUUUAGCUGGUCAUGGUGCAGAGCAAAGUGAGCAUGCCUGUAAUCUAGAGGGGUUUGCUGUUGGCUCCAAAUGUAUGGUGUGGACAUGUCUGAAGUGGUGUGAGGCUCGGAUUUUGGAGAUAUCUGAUGAAGGCACCAAGGUUUUGAAUCUCUCUACUGGCAAUGAGGAGAUAGUGAAUCCUGAGCAUGUUUGGAAUGGCAUUCCUGAAGUGACGAAGAGUCCAUAUGAGGCAGCGUUCCAUGUGACAGAUAAGGAGUGCAAGUUAUCAGUGGAGGGCUCAGAGUUGAAAGAAAAAAGGGCUAGUUGUGGCUCAGAUGUAAUGGUUGACCCAUAUAUGUUGUCCAGCAGUCCUGAAAAUACCACAGAGUAAGGCGUCUAGUUCACUAUCGUCACGUGUUGGAGAAGAAAAGUCUUAUGACCACGUAUUUUCCCGAGAUGACUGAGUUAUACAUUGUAGAAGUAUUUUGAGCAUGGUUUUCAAGCAGCUGAGCAAAUAAUGUCUAACUUGUAUGCUAUAUUUCUGUAAUAGCACUUCACACUUGUGUAAGACAACAAAAUGCCUACAUGGAAUCUAUAGAUGUUUUGAUAGUGCUGGCAUCUAGCUUCUUAAAAUUGCGCUGCCUUCGUUUAAGUAAGAAUUUGGGCAGCCCUUGACCAGUGGCGUUUCAGCUAUUGAAUGUUUUAGUCUUUUGCACCAGUAGCUGUAAUAACUAGAUUGUUGUUAAAAUUUUUGCAUAUGUAGAUUGCUUAAACUCUUUAUUUCUAUUGGAACUAUACCUGAUUUAAGUUUGGGUUUGCUUAAAUGAAGGUUAUUCAGAUGUAUACAAACGACUGUACGUUAUGCAACACUGCUUUCUGAUGAACACUGAGAAGAUUUCUUUGUUAGAAAAGCUCUCCUAAAAAAAAAUUAGAGGAUAUUUUGCACCAGUUACUUUGAAUGUUUUGUUCUCUUUAUGGUAAACAAUAUUUACUUCAGUUUGAACUCUGCAUUUAUACUACUAUACUAACUAUGGAACAAGCUGGAAUAAAGCUGAUGCUGAUGCAUUGUUA